AUGAAAGCAGAGCAGCGAGAAGAGACUACACGGUUGAGUACGGCGGCUUCAAGAAGCAGCAGCAGCAGCAGAGGCGAAGAAGACGAAGACAAGGCGGAUAAGAGACAGCCGGCUGGAAGAGCAAAGAUGGCGGACCGGAAUAUGCAGCUGAGAAAGGAGGAGAUACUCGCGAAGAAGGCCAAGCUCGCGGAGUUGAAGCGGCAGCGAGAGCUACGACAGCGGGAGUUCUCGCAGAAUCGCAUGAGUGUUGGGGAGAGCUCUGAGGUGGUGGCUCCCGUUCCAAAUCGGUCUGACAACAGAGCAGAACUAGACAACCUCAUAUCCAGAUUGGUUGAUAGGCCUUCGUCGGCAGCCUUGAAAGAUGGAGGCGAGCAGUCUCCAAGAGGCCGGGGUAGCAGACCCAAUUCGGUUCUCAGCGCUGGACAGUUGAGCGGAGAUAUGGAAACAUUUACAUCUCCAGCCCGACCUAUGUCCCUAUCUAUAGCGACGCAAACAAUUGACGAAACGCCCUACACUGCCGUACCGGAACCAGCCCCAGCAGCUCCCCCCAAGGUAGAAAUCCUUACAUACAGCAAAGGUGUCCAGACAGACUCCAUCCCAGAGCCAGAAACACCGGUAGAUGAUGAUAUAUCGGAAUUGGAAGACGGUGGCUCACCUACCACACCAUCUCGAACGUCUAAGCGUUUUAGUCGGAGAGCCAGAGAGAAAGACGAAGAAAUACGUGAUAACUUACGAAAGGAGAUUGAAGAAGAGCUAAAACUGGCAAAGGAUUGGGCCAAUGGCGGGCCGACAACCACAUCUACGCAACUGCGAUACCCACUACGAACAUUGACUGCGGACGAGCUGAAUGCAGUGACUUCAGCAAGCGAGUUUUUGGAUUUCGUUGAAAGAUCCAGCAAGGUUAUUGAGCGAGCGUUGGACGAAGAAUAUGACGUUCUUGCCGAUUAUGCCCUGGGCGGCGUUGGGGCAGAGGACGAGGAUGAUGAAGAGUAUGGCACGGGCAAGAAGAGAAGAGACCUGAAAGAAAUCACACAAUUCUUUGACGAACGAUGGAGCAAGAAACGAAUGAUCAGUGAUAUAAGUUUCUCUCCAAAGUUCCCUGAGCUUGUUUUGGCAUCUUAUACCAAAAAUCCAACAGCUCCUCAUGAACCGGAUGGCCUGGUACAAGUGUGGAACCAACAUCUACACACACGGCCUGAAUACGUAUUUCACUCAACUUCAGAUAUAUUGACGGCAAAGUUCUCUCCGUUUCAUCCAAACCUGAUCGUAGGUGGAUCAUACUCUGGACAGGUUCUGCUAUGGGAUACGCGAUCAUCCCGAGCGGGAGGUGGUGCUCCCGUACAAAAGACGCCGCUGUCGGGCUCCGGUCACACCCACCCGGUGUACAGCAUUGCAAUUGUGGGAACACAGAAUGCACAUAACAUCCUGACAGCUUCGACGGACGGAGUUGUCUGUGGAUGGACGGUCGACAUGCUCUCACAGCCACAGGAAUACCUGGAACUGACCACUCCUCCGCCAUCUAAGACCGAAGACCUAGCUCCCACAACACUGUCCUUCCCCCAGUCAGACCCGACUUUCUUCCUUGUUGGCACUGAAGAGGGGACGAUAUAUCCGUGCCAUCGAUAUGACCGUGCAGGGGCCAAGUCCGGUACCGACCACCGUCUCUCGUACCGUGGCCACGCUGCCCCAAUCAUGUCAACGGCCUUCCAUCCUGCCCGAGGACCGGUAGAUCUAAGCGAUUUGAUGCUCAGCUCGAGUCUGGACUGGAGCGUAAAACUCUGGCGUAUCCGUGCCCCGGCCUCGACCUCGACAUCGGGAACCUCUUCCACCGCUCAGCUGCAGACCGUCUCACCCAUCCUUGACAUCACCCGCGAAGAUGUAGUGUAUGACGCCAAAUGGUCCCCUCAUCGACCCAGCAUCUUCUCCCUUGUUGACGGAGCCGGAAGACUCGAGAUAUGGGACUUGCAGCAGGAGGUAGAGGUGCCCGUAGCCAGCGCCACGCCAACCGCUGGCCGCGGCGGCGUCCUGACCAAGGGACUGAACAAGGUCGCGUGGGAAGAGCGAGAGGGCCGAAGAAUUGCUACCGGUGGUCUUGACGGAGUGGUGACUGUCUUUGAUGUUGGAAAGGGGCUGAGUGGCAGUGCUGAAGAUGUCUCGGCGGACGAAUGGGCGGGCAUGAAGCGUCUCACGGGCCGACUUGAACAGGCCAGCCGUGAGAGGAACCUGUAG